AUGAUGACUCAAACCUUGCAAGGGAAAGUUAUGGCCUACACACCGAGCAGCUUUCCUAUUCAGCAACAGAUGUCGCCGGAGGAUCUUGAAAUGCUUCAUCUGGAUAACAUGAACCAGGAUACCUCUCCGAUUCGCGCCAUCAUUAUUCAAAAAAUUGAAGCAUGCCUGAGAAAGAUGGAACAAUUUUGUAACUUGUGCCCAGAUUCAUGUCUGAAAGCUUCAAGAAUCAUUGACAACAUGCUCUACAAAAAUGCUCCACAGAAACCAAAGAGAUCCAUGGAUAUCUUCAGCAGUUCCAUCAACAAAGAUUUGCGGCAGCUGCCUGGGAUACAGAUGACAGACUCUAGUGUCUAUCAUAAUAGAGUUGCCCCUGCUUUUACUAAUUUGCCUGCACAUUCAGGAGAUGUACCUCCACAUACUGUGUUCACUUCUCAGAGAUAUGUACCACAGAAUCACAACAUGGCCGCUGCUAAUUUAGCUCUAGUUGCAAGGCCUGAAAGCUUUAUGAGCACCAUAGUUGCUCCAUCUGUGUCAGGACUUCCUAACUGUAUUUCAGGCUUUGGUGGGAUUGAUAGUGCUGGAUUGCAAAAUGGCUAUUUAAAGGACCAUUUUCCAGGUGAUGCUUAUCGUGUUGAUAGUCCACAACCGUCUAUGUCUGGGAGUUCCAGUCCUUUAUCAGCUGUGUGUGAUCCAACCACAAGUUCGGGUGCAAUGAUAAGAUCAUCAAUGGACUCUAUCUCUAAAGCAAGUGGGCAAAAACUCUUUACCGGUGAAGGACAAUUGUUUCAACAAUACAGAGAAUAUGAGAAAGAGUUAGAUGGUGCAUGGAGCCACCCAGCAGAGAAGGCAGUUCACUCAAAUAGGACAACUCAAAGCAAUGAAAUCUAUUUCAAAGAAGAAUGUGGACCUGACACAUUCAUGGAAAUGAAAGAAAACUAUUGGCACGCCUCGGACUCUAGAGAUUCGUGCAGGGAGAUAUACUCAAAUUUAAGCACACCCAAUGCUCAGUAUCAGUGCUUCAUGUCUGAUUGUGAUCCUUGUGACCCUGAGAGAGAAAUUGUUGAGAGAUCUGAACAGACAUCAAAUAGCACAGUAUCAAAGCCAACUUCACCUAUUUCAGAUGAAUCUUCUGGCAAGCGUCCAGCAAAACGCCUGAAGGCUGAUGCUCCCACUCUUGUCAAUGUCAAUCAAGUAGAGAGUCCAAAGGAGCAAAAACCUGUUAUGAAUGAGAAUCAUGUAUCUGGUGGUGAAACAGUACAAUCAGAAAUCACAGAAUUACCUGCAAAAUCACCUUGCAGUUCAUCGGGAGACAUUAAUGCUGACAGCAAUAAUACGCUUGAACAGGGUAGUAAAGAUGCACCUAACAUGGAGAUUGUUAAGGAAGAGGAAUUGUACUGUGCAAAGGGUGACAUUGAGAUGAAAGAGGCUAAGACUGUUGCAUUGGAUCAGACAUCAAGAGGGGUCAAUUUAAGUUCAAAAAGAGAGGGGGGCUUCUAUACUUUAUGCAUUAACUGCUGA